AUGGACGCCCUCAAGUCCCACCGGUUCGCCUUUCUCUACGAGAACGUGGAGAUGGGCGCGGAGGCAGCCAAGGUCUCAUCGGACGCCCUAGGCGUGCAGCCGGUGUUCGUCUGCCCAUCUGACUUCGGCUGGGUCUCUCGCCCACGCCUGUGGUGGCUCAGCGUCGACUGGACACGACUGGCAUCGGACCCGACGGAUGGCUCGCCCCUGGAGUGGGCGAAGAAGGGUCGGUGGGACCGGCUUCGGCUCGCCGCGGCCCGCUCCUCUGCUGAUUCCUUCGACCUCGGCGGCUUGGAGUUCCACUCGUCGGUGGCCCAGGGAGAAAGCUCAUGCCGUGCGCCACGAUGCCGGCGCCUACGGACGAUUGGCUGGCCGGCACUGGAGCCGGCUUUGGAGGACAUGGUCGAGGACGUCUGGGAGGACACGGCCGCCUGGUUGGCAUCCUUGCCCGCCCACGUGCGGGCCACCUACGUGACCACGGAUAGGAUGUGA